GUGUGUUAUCCAAACAAGUAACUUCAAGAAUUGGGAAUAACCAUGCUUUGAUUAAUCAGAAGUCAGCAGUAGAUUUCAAUGUGCAUAAAAGAAAUGUUCAAAAAUCCCUCCACAUGUCAAUGAAUUUCACUGUGCGUGCUGGUGAAACCAAUAAAACAUCACUCAAGAUAUCCAGAGAAAGUUCGACUCCACUACAAACUCCAAACAGGGCAUCUGUUAAUUGGGGUUCAAAGCAUGCUUCAAAAGUUCUUCAGUCACAAGAUAAAAGGACUAGAGCAGUACUCAAUAAGUCAGUUCCAGGAGGGGUGGCUGGAGAUGGGAGAUGGCCCUCCCUCUCCAACUGCUCAAAAUCAUCUAAUGCAAGUGGAACCAGCACACGAUCUCCUGUUAGUUCCUCUCCAUUUAGUUCUAGGAGCGAAGAAAGGGCAACAAAACGGAAAGAGUUCUUUAAGAAGCUAGAAGAUAAAAUGAAUUCGAAGGAGCCAGAAAAAUCACAAAUGCAAAUACUAUCAAAGAAGAAAGAAAACAAUGACCUUGACAAAUUCAGGCAGAGUGCUGACUUUAAAGCUAGGCCAAAUGAAGAAAACAAUGGAUCACAGCCUUCACGCAAUAACAUUAAGAAGAUCCCUUCAACAUGUCCUCAAUCACCAAAUUUUGGAAGGAAGCCAUCUCCCAGCGCAGUGCAGGAUGCAAACUCUAGACCUCCAAGGGGGCCUUCCAUUAAUACUGAAAGUUCUAAGCAUGUAUUAAUGAAAAAUAACAGGAUAACUUGUUCGGUGACAUCAUUGCCAAAGAACAGGCAUGAAAAUGCUUCCCCAAAUAUCCAGCUUUCAGUUGGCAAAGGGAGUAUUUCUUACAAGCGUGAACGUGGAGGGUCGGUUGCUGGUCGGUGUGAUCGCUGACUUUUUCCUUUCUUUUAGUAAUUAAGCAUAUAGAAACUGAAAAUCAUGUUAUGAUGGGUGAUAGAAUUGACCAUCGGGAAGAUAUCGGGGAGAAAUUUGUAAUUUUCAUUUAGUGCCAAAUUCCACAUCAAUCCUAGGUACAAUUUUGUAAGGAACCUUAGAUGCCUACCUGGUCGCUUUUAUGUUUUAUGGAUUUAUGUUAGUUCUCUGUGCCAAAUCUGGCCCUGAGGUCUUUAAUGCAUCUCAAAAUCAGUUAAAAGUCUUGGAGACUCAA